AUGGUACCUUGUGUGAUCUAUUUCCUGCUCCUGGUAGUAAUCUCCAAGGCUGAUCUCGAUCGUGAUCAUCAGGCACUAGUCGCUCUCAAAAACUCAUUUGUGGAUUCCGCAGGAAAGCUCCAGGAUUGGACAGGAACUGCGUCUGCCAUCUGCUCGUGGAAAGGAGUGUCCUGUGACACUACUAACUCUUCCGUGGUAAAGCUCGAGCUUCCUGACAGUAAUCUUGGAGGCGUCCUUGCACCCGACAUAGUGAGUCUUCGAUCCCUGACGAAUUUGUCUUUCGAAAGCAACCUCCUCCAGGGAGAAAUUCCUCGAGACCUGUUUAGCAAGCUCGAUCGUCUGGAGAAUGUUUCUCUCGCUGAAAAUUACUUCUCCGGCACCAUUCCCGCCAGCCUUGGAAGCUCAACUCUAAUCCGGCAUCUCGAUUUGCAUAACAACAAUCUCACCGGAGAGAUACCUUCGGGUGUUUGCCAGCUUCGCGACUUGCAGGUCAUUUUGCUCGCCAUUAAUAAGUUCGAAGGAGAGAUACCCCACUGUCUCGGUGCUCUCACGGAACUGAAGGUGAUCGGUUUCAUGAAGAACAACUUGAGUGGCUCGAUCCCACCAUCCUUCCAACACCUGACAAAGUUGCAGAUCUUGGACGUGUCCGAGAACAACUUGUCCGGAGCCAUUCCACCUGAGCUCGGAAUGAUGUCAAGCCUUGAAAGGUUGCUUAUCCAUACCAACAACCUGGCCGGACGCAUUCCACCGCAGCUCGGAAAUCUGUCCCUGUUGGAAAGCUUCGACGUAGCGUACAACAGACUCGAAGGAGUGAUCCCCGAAGAGCUCGGAGGAAUGAAGGCACUUUCCAGCUUCCAUCUAGCCAGCAACAAACUGACAGGUGAGUUUCCUCGGUGGCUCGCGGAGCACGACAAUGUCUCGUCUAUCACCUUGAAUAGCAACUCCCUCACUGGAGACCUCCCUCCAGACUUUGGAAGCAGAUCAGCACUCCGGAGCGUCGAUCUAUCCCAGAAUCAUUUCACUGGAAAACUUCCGCCAGCUCUCUGUCAGAAUGGAAGCUUGGAGUACCUUGCCGCACUAAACAAUCAGUUCUCGGGAGAUCUGCCAGUGCAACUCCAGCAGUGUCGGAACUUGGACAGGCUCCGUCUUGACGACAACUUCCUCACAGGCAGCGUGCACUUUUCCCAGUCGAAUGUCAACACCAUCACCCUUGCUCGUAAUCGUUUCAACGGGAACCUCUCCAUGCGAGACAUGCCGAUGCUGACUAUCUUGGACCUGUCUUUCAAUCGCCUCACAGGUGAGUUGCCGGCGGUGCUCGAAACUUCACGAAGCUUGGUCAAAAUCAACUUGGCUAGCAAUCGUCUGUCUGGAACUCUUCCUCUACAGCUUGGACAGCUUCAAAAUCUCACGGAUCUCGAUCUCAGUAGCAACAAUUUCGUCGGGGACGUUCCAGCUUUGAUCUCGGGUUGCGGCAGCUUGAUCACGUUGAACCUGAGUAGGAACAGCUUCCAGGGAAGGUUGCUCUUAAGAAUGAUGGAAAAGCUCAGCACCUUAGAUGUUUCGCACAACGGGCUCCACGGUGAAAUACCGCUGGCAAUCGGACAGUCCCCGAACCUCUUGAAACUCGACCUCUCAUAUAAUGAUCUGUCUGGAAGCGUCCCGGCCUUUUGCAAGAAGAUCGAUGCCAACCUCGAA